AUGGACUUGGGUUACGAUAAUGGCCAACUGUAUACAGCGCUUAGUCGUGAGCCACGGCACCAUCCUGAUCAUCAUCAUCACGACGAACACCACGAGCCUGGGAGUACAGCAGGAUCAGAGGACGGAUCACCAGUCACAAGAAACACACAUGCCGAGCCACGGUGUGGACACGGUGGUCACGGUGGCUCAAUGAUCUUUCAUUUUGGCUGUACGGAAACGAUUCUUUUUGAGUUCUGGCAAACAAAAUCGACGGACAACCUACUUCUCUCCUGCCUGAUCGUCUUCAUUAUGGCCGUGUUCUACGAGGCGCUCAAAUGCUAUCGAGAGUGGCUAAAGAAAUGCGAAAAGCAACGCUUGGAUGGAGGAGCUAAUCCGACAAGACAUUUUCGCUCAGCUGUUCCCAUUCCACAGCGAAUCGAUGCACCACCACCCUCGGCACAGCAGAUCUCAGUGCCACUGACGAUCGCAGCAGAAUCGGUUCUCCAACCACCAAUGGCAGUGCCGCCGAUUGGCGAACUCGCAUUGAGCCAGCGUUAUCCUUGGCUUGAUUUGAGGCAUUGGUUUCAGACCCUACUCCACAUGCUCCAGGUGACCAUCUCGUUUAUGAUGAUGCUCAUCUUUAUGACUUUCAAUGUGUAUCUUUGCAUAGCUGUCGUCGCCGGUGCCGGUGUCGGUUAUUUCAUCUUUUUUGCGCGCAGGGAGAAUAUUUCCGACCAUUGCAAUUGA